AAAAUGGAGAGUCAAGCAAGUUUUGACAACGCUUACAGUUCGAAUUCAAAUUAUUACAACAAACCAAGAACCAGAAAACCAGCCAUAAAGACAACCACAGAUAAUGUCAUAGUAGCAGGACCUCAUUUGCUAAAUAGCUCCAAAAGCAUAGACAAAUGGCCAGAGUCUAAUAAAGAAGAUGAGGACCAUGGGAUUGACAGUUCCAGAAUGAAUGUAGCAGAGAGAAAAUCUGAUGUAAAGUUCGACUCCCCAACUUUUGAAAAUACUAGGAAUGGAAAUGUUCAAACUGCUAUACACAAAAUUGGAUUGCGACUUGCGCAAAAAGUCAUUAAUAUCUCUGAAUAUGAUGUCGAUUUCAAAAUCAAAAUCUUUAUAAAGUUAUUACUGUAUCAUAUCCUAUUUUUCUGAUCAGGAUACUUUGGAGGACUAAUAGUUGCAUUAUUAGAAGGGUACCAGUACUCAUCAAAUUUAUUGUUUGUUGGCUGAAAGAACUUACUCUCAAUCUUACAGCAGAUACAAUCAGUAACGUUUGUAUUACUGCUGUGCAUAUUCUUUUUAUUUCCUUCAAAACAUUUCACCUUACCUGACAUGUUCUUCCCGAUCGUGACCAUUCUCACAAGAUGAAUGAUUAUUUCGAUCAGAUAUGCUUACAUGUCAGAGACAAGGUAUAAAAUACUAAAAGCUAAGCAAACUUUUGACUGGAUAAAACAAGACCUGGUCCUCUUCUCAUGGGAUAAGCUGAACUUCAAAUCUCUCGCCCAUGAAAUAUCUGCUUCAAGGUACAGAAUAAAAUACGAGGAAGAAGACUUCAAGUUUAGGUUUCUCAAACCUAUCAGUAAUGAUCUUCACCAGAGGUUGUCAAAUAAGAAUUUUUACAAAGAAAAAAAUAUGGAUAUCUCGGAUGUAAUAGAAGAAAUGAAAGCAUCAGAAAAGAAGGACAAAAUUAAAGUAACCCCAAAGAUGGUGAAUUCGUCUGCAGAAGAAGAGAAAAAGGAUCAAUUUGAAGUUCCUUCAAUAACUUUAAAUGCAGGAAGGCCAAAACAGGCUUUUAAAUUGAACUCUCUGGAAAGGAUGGGGACCAAAGUCAAGACAACUGCUACUGACCAAGAACUUUUAGACCCAGCAGAGGAUUGAAAAGAUGACCUAGAAAACCCCUUAGCUUGAUCUCAGGAGUAUCAUGGUGAAGAGAUCAUUAAGGAAAUGGCGAUUCUCAAUAAAUUCGUCAUCGGCAGUACUAAGAUUGCCCUUUACAUCGUUAUUGGUAGAGUGAUCAUUUAUUUAGCGAAUAUCGCACUAAAUUAUAAGGAAAUACUUGAAUUUACUCCAGCUGAUCUUCAUAUGCUUAUCUCUCUAGUUGCGCUUAAUGUUACAGUUCACCAAGUAAACUUGAAAUUCAUCGUGUUCGGAGUGGUUGACUUCAGAAGAAAGCUCUUCUUCCAAAAAGCGCUGUGAGUAUUAAUCGACCCUGAAAGGAAGAUUCGAGAGAAUAUUAUUCACAAGAAAAUUCCAGUCUUAGAUAUUACAGAUCCAAAUAAUCUUAGAAGAUGGAUGUCAUUAAAGAAGCUCUCUCUUGACUUAGGACUGAAGUACACAUAUAGAGUGUUCUUGUACUCAUCGAUAUUCAUAGGACUCUAUGGGUUCAUUGCCUUGUUCUUCACCUUAAUUUUCUGGGAUAUCCUUACCUACAAAAUUCCCACCCCUGUCUUUAUCUUGGGAUACUAUGAUGUUAUUUUGAUAUGUGGAAUAAUGAUUAAAAUGGUUAAAAUAGGUGCAGAGGUAAACUCAUAUUUCCCAAUCCACAAACAAAGGAUGCUUGCAAUAAAAUCUAGCCUGUUGAAUUUUAUGUCAAACUACCGGAUCCUCAAAGACCGGACUCACUUUAACUCAGAUACGCUGAAAGCAAUCGUGAUAAAAUUUAAGGAGCUAAGCUUAUCUGAAGAACAACGAAACGAAAGAAUUGAGGAAUGAAUCAAUGUUAUCGACCAUAAUAUCGAGAUCUUAGACCACGAUGUCGAGCAUUCUUCGCUACAAUUACUUGGUGUAACCUGUAGCUACGAAGUGUUGAAUUCUAUCUACACAGGUCUAUUUUCUAUCACCUUGGCUACUGCUCAGCACGUUUACAACAAAGAGUCCUAAAUAUCUUAUUAUGUCUUCAAUUCUGUUUAAAAA